ACGCAACAAACAAAACUGUCUUUCAUUUUUCUUUCUAUUAAAGUCAUUGUUUGUUCUUGUGCUGCGCUUCUAAUAUUCAUGUUCCACUUUUAGGCUGUCGCUGUUGUAAGAAAGACACAUGUUGGAAGCCAUGGAUUCAGACGUGGAGCCAAAGAUCAAAGGCGGCGAGGAUGAGGAUCUCGAGAUGGCAGACGCGCCCGGCCAUGCUCCCAUCAUGCCUCAAACGGCACCUCAAAACGUAGAGGGAGAACAAACGGAUUCAAACACUGUUGCUUCCUCACAAGCCGAUUCUUCUCUCCCACCUCCAACCAGAGAAACUCUCUCACCUUCCACUAUUCUAGAAACCACCGAGAAGCCAUCGGAAUCUCAAAAGAUGGGCCCGAAGAAGAAGGGAACCGCUGCGGUCAAGAAGGUUCCGAAGCGACCCAAGGGCGGUCCCUCGAAAUCAAGCAAGCCCAAGAAGCAGACCGACGCGGCGUCCACGACAUCAUCCGCCAAUCUACACGACGACUUGGCAGGAGGCUCGGAUGAGGAAUCUGAUAACGGACCGUAUUGCAUAUGCCGUGGUCCAGACGACCAUCGGUUCAUGAUCUCGUGCGAUAUGUGUGACGACUGGUUCCACGGCGAGUGUAUCGGCAUGAGCAAGGAGGUCGGCGAGAACCUCAUUGAGCGCUUCGUCUGUCCUAACUGCGCAGACGGCGACCAGAACGUCAGCCUCUUCAAGAAGACCUGCUCCUAUCGGAACUGCAUGAAGGCAGCACGUCUCUAUGAUGGUCCGGAGAACAGCAGUGUCUUUUGCAGCGAUGAUCACGCGCAUCUGUUCUGGGAGAAGCAUAUCGCCGCCCUGCCCAAGAAGCAUUCGUCCAAUAGUGGUUCACAGAACGGGCUCACACAGGAGGAGGCUAUGGGUCUAUUGGCUAGCAAGCUUGCCAGUAUCGACCCGGAUGAUGGCAGGUGGAAGGUCCAAACCAAGCCGUUUGCUCCAAAGAAGGUUGGAGCUGAAAGCCCGGAAUCCAAGACUAAGAAUCUUGUACCGGCGUACCUCACCCAGGAGGAGAAGGAUAUUCUCACAGUCUCGGCCGCCGAACGCAAAAAGCUGGGCGAAGACGUUCAGCUCUGCCAAAAGAUGCUCCAACUUCUCGAGUGGUCCAACGACCGGCGAAAGGCCCUCAUUGCCUCCAAGCAGUUCGAAGACGCCGCGUGCGGCUACGACUACCGCCUCGAUCAGGUGGGCGUCGUAGGCCCCUUUGCCAACUGGCUCAAAUCGGACGAGGCCAAGGAAGUCUUUAAGGCGGGCAACCUGGACGUCGGCAGCCGCCUGAGCGGCGAGGAUAAGAACAUUUGCGACAAGAAGCGUUGCAAGCCCCAUCAAGGAUGGUACUCGAUCCACACUAGAGAUGUGAAGUAUCAGAUGAAGCUCCUGGCCGUGGACGCGAAUACGAAGCUUGACGAGGAGCGCCGCAUCAAGGAGGCGGCGACGGAGCGGAAGUUGAGGAAGGAGGCGGAGCAUAAUACUGUGCAGCUCGUCCUGCCGGAUGGAACCCUGGGCCCGCCCAUAGCUACGUGAGAUGGCUCCCCGUUCCAAUUUCUAAGAUUCUUCAUUGCGAUGGCGUGGAUAGGCGUUUCUGGGGACAAAAAAGGCUUGAGAUAUGGCAGUGCACAGCUAGAAUACCUAAGCUGUGGCUAGACACUGGAACAGGAAGACGAUGUAGCCUAGUCACUUCGGAAUAUCUUGAACAGAUGGCGGAAAGUCAUCUAAUCACAAACACGAUUUGAUACAAACGCGAGCAUGGUCAUGGUAGAAGAUGGUCUUGUUAAGUGC